CUCUGUGCGCUUAGGUGCCCGAGCUACUGAGGGUCUAAGUCUGGGCAGCCGAAGAGUGUGGUUAGCAAGAUGAACAAAGAUGCGCAGAUGAGAGCAGCGAUUAACCAAAAGUUGAUAGAAACUGGAGAAAGAGAACGCCUCAAAGAGUUGCUGAGAGCUAAAUUAAUUGAAUGCGGCUGGAAGGAUCAAUUGAAGGCACACUGUAAAGAGGUAAUUAAAGAAAAAGGACUAGAACACGUUACUGUUGAUGACUUGGUGGCUGAAAUCACACCAAAAGGCAGAGCCCUGGUACCUGACAGUGUAAAGAAGGAGCUCCUACAAAGAAUAAGAACAUUCCUUGCUCAGCAUGCCAGCCUUUAAGAUUGAAUUAGAUUGCGUUGUUUUGUGGUUUUAUUUCUGAAAGUAAAACUUGCCAUAAAUUAGGAAACAGUUUUCCAAAAUAAAAUCCUUUUUUGUAUG